CACCGAUCGACUGACUUCAUUGCGCCCCCAGGACCUCCCCUACCACUUCCCCAAGUCAUUCCCAAGCAAUGGCGACACGACGCGCCCUCCGCUUCUCAUGGAGCGUGCGAUCCCUCUCGAACCAGAUCAACACACCACACUCUUCCGUCUCUCGCCCCUUUGCGAUCGCCUCCCGAUCCAUCAACACCUCGUCCGACUCCUCCGCCGACAGCAAGACGACACAUUUUGGCUUCAAGACUGUCCCCGAAUCCGAGAAGGCCGAUCGCGUUGCCGGCGUCUUCCACAAUGUUGCCGACUCAUAUGAUCGCAUGAACGACCUCAUGUCUUUUGGCUGGCACAGAGUAUGGAAGGACCAUUUCGUCUCUGGCCUCCAGCCAGGCCUGUCAGCCUCCAACCCCCCGACGCCUCAACACAUCCUCGAUAUUGCCGGUGGAACUGGCGACAUCGCCUUCCGCAUGCUUCAUACGGCGCAUAACCUGAACAACAACCCCGAUGUGCGCGUCACCAUUUCCGAUAUCAACCCCUCUAUGUUGGCCGUCGGCCGCGACCGCUCAAAGGCCCUGCCCGCCUCUCAGCAAGCCGCCAUUUCUUGGCUCGAGGCGAACGCUGAGAAACUCCCAGAGGGCGCCAUCAAGGAUAACUCGAUCGACCUGUACACUGUCUCUUUUGGCAUCCGCAACUUCACCAACAUCCCCGCCGCCCUGCGUGAAGCCUACCGCGUGCUCAAGCCCGGCGGUGUCUUUGCCUGUCUCGAGUUCAGCAAAGCGGACAACUACCCGCUAUUCAACGCCGUCUACAAGCGCUGGUCUUUCAGCGCUAUCCCCUUGAUCGGUCAACUUGUCGCUGGUGACAGGGACAGCUAUCAGUACCUCGUCGAGAGUAUCGAGCGCUUCCCUAGCCAGGAAGAGUUCAGGGACAUGAUCAAGGACGCCGGCUUUGUGGUUUCCGGCGACGGUUAUGAGAACCUCACUGGUGGCGUUGCGGCCAUCCACAAGGGUAUGAAGCCUGUUGCAUAAGUAAUUCGGGGGUAGAGGCUUAUGAUGCGAGGAGGACCCAACGAAAGAGCAAGUCAAGGUCACAAGGCUCGUGUACAAUCUUUGUAUCUGUGUACUAAUAUGGAAAGCUGGAAAUGGCUGCAUAGACGACUGGCAGCCAGAUGGUCUCUACAAAAGAAAAAUGUGUAUUAAGAUGGCCGCUGGCCCUGUACAACAGCCCCUUUCCUUCAGAGUCUUGGAAGUGCGUCACAUAGCACCUUUUGCUGCGCACUCCU